GAUGUCAGCUCCAAGGGCGUGGCAGGGCAGGGGCCCCCUGCGCCCCGCGGACGACGCGCAGGCCCCAGAUGACCACUUUCUGAGCGGCCCCGCCAUCUCCUGAGGCAGUUUUGGGGAGCCGAAGCCGGGGCGCGGGCGGGAGGGCUCCCUGCAGCCGCCCGCCGCGGUCCUCGGGGAGCCGAGUCCUGCCUGGAGCACGAGCGCCGGGGAGCGUGAGGACGCUGGAGGAAAGUUGGGGGUCGGGGCCGCGGAGCCGGGAGCGCGGAAGCAGAGCCGGUGUCCGCGUCUCAUGAAUAUGCAGGAGCCACCUCCCUCCCUCCGUGACGUCACGGGCCGUCCCGGGGUGAGCGCCGGAGCCGCUCCGGGUCCGCGCCAGUGAGCGCGGCUGCUGGCGGCGAGAGCGCGGCGCGGCGGCGGGCAGCAGGCCGAGAGCGGCGGCGCCCGAAGCGCACCCAGCAGGCAAAGCGAGGCGGCCGGCGGCCGGGCGGGCACCCGCAGGCGAGAGCCCGCGCGGGCAGCAGGCGGCAGCUGCGGCUCGUUGACGGCGGCGGCGGCGAGGAUGCUGACCAGGAGGCUGUGCUGGGUGCCGCUCCUGCUGGCGUUGGGCGUGGGGAGCGGAAGCGGCGGCGGGGGCAGCCGGCGGCGCCGCCUUCUCGCGGCUAAAGUCAACAAGCACAAACCAUGGAUUGAGACUUCAUAUCACGGAGUCAUAACUGAGAACAAUGACACGGUCAUCUUGGACCCACCACUUGUAGCUCUGGAUAAAGACGCACCAGUUCCUUUUGCAGGGGAAAUUUGUGCCUUCAAGAUCCAUGGCCAAGAGCUGCCCUUCGAGGCCGUGGUGCUCAACAAGACAUCAGGAGAGGGCCGGCUGCGUGCCAAGAGCCCCAUCGACUGCGAGCUGCAGAAGGAGUACACGUUCAUCAUCCAGGCCUAUGACUGUGGCGCGGGGCCCCGGGAGACGGCCUGGAAGAAGUCGCACAAGGCCGUGGUCCACAUCCAGGUGAAGGAUGUCAAUGAGUUUGCUCCCACCUUCAAAGAGCCAGCCUACAGGGCAGUCGUGACAGAGGGGAAGAUCUACGACAGCAUCCUGCAGGUGGAGGCCGUCGACGAGGACUGCUCCCCCCAGUACAGCCAGAUUUGCAACUAUGAAAUCGUCACAACUGACGUGCCUUUUGCCAUUGACAGAAAUGGCAACAUUAGAAAUACCGAGAAGCUGAGCUAUGACAAGCAACGCCAGUAUGAGAUCCUGGUGACCGCCUACGACUGUGGACAGAAGCCCGCCGCUCAGGACACGCUGGUGCAGGUGGAUGUGAAGCCGGUUUGCAAGCCCGGCUGGCAAGACUGGACCAAGAGGAUUGAGUAUCAGCCUGGCUCAGGGAGCAUGCCGCUUUUCCCCAGCAUCCACCUGGAGACGUGCGACGGGGCCGUGUCCUCCAUCCAGAUCACCACGGAGCUGCAGACCAAUUACAUCGGGAAGGGCUGCGACCGGGAGACCUACUCUGAGAGAUCCCUUCAGAAAUUAUGUGGAGCCUCCUCUGGCAUCAUCGACCUCUUGCCGUCCCCCAGCGCUGCCACCAACUGGACAGCAGGACUCCUGGUGGACAGCAGCGACAUGAUCUUCAAGUUUGAUGGCAGGCAAGGGGCCAAGAUCCCUGACGGGAUCGUGCCCAAGAACCUGACAGACCAGUUCACCAUCACCAUGUGGAUGAAACACGGCCCCAGCCCUGGUGUGAGAGCCGAGAAGGAAACCAUCCUCUGCAACUCAGAUAAGACUGAAAUGAACCGGCAUCACUACGCCCUGUAUGUGCACAACUGCCGCCUUGUCUUCCUCUUGCGCAAGGACUUCGACCAGGCCGACACCUUCCGCCCCGCGGAGUUCCACUGGAAGCUGGACCAGGGGCUGGGUGACAUUACCACGCUUUCAGGAGGAGAAGUCGCCAAACCGCGGUUUGCUCAAUUCUUCCACGGCAGCCUGGCCAGUCUCACUAUCCGCCCCGGCAAAAUGGAGAGUCAGAAGGUGAUCGCCUGCCUGCAGGCCUGCAAGGAAGGACUGGACAUUAGCUCCCUGGAAAGCCUCGGCCAAGGAAUAAAGUACCACUUCAACCCCUCGCAGUCCGUGCUGGUGAUGGAAGGUGACGACAUCGGGAACGUCAAUCGCGCCCUCCAGAAGGUGUCCUACAUCAACUCCAGGCAGUUCCCGACCGCGGGCGUGCGGCGCCUGAGAGUCUCUUCCAAAGUCCAGUGCUUCGGAGAAGAUGUGUGCAUCAGCGUGCCCGACGUGGAUGCCUAUGUGAUGGUGCUGCAGGCCAUCGAGCCCCGGAUCAGCCUCCGGGGCACGGACCGCCUCUGGAGACCCGCAGCCCAGUUUGAAAGUGCCCGAGGGGUAACCCUCUUCCCCGACCUCAAGAUCGUGAGCACCUUCGCCAGAGCCGAGGCCCCGGGUGACCUGAGGACCACAGCCCCCAAAUCAGCAGUCUUAGAAGAAAUGCUUCAUAACUUAGAUUUCUGUGAUAUUUUGGUGCUCGGAGGGGACCUGGACCCAAGACAGGAGUGCUUGGAGCUCAACCACAGUGAGCUCCAUCAGCGACACCUGGAUGCCACCAAUUCCACAGCAGGCUACUCUAUCUAUGGUGUGGGCUCCAUGAGCCGCUACGAGCAGGUGCUGCAUCACAUGCGCUACCGCAACUGGCAUCCAGGUUCCCUCGAGGCCCGGCGGUUCAGAAUCAAGUGCUCAGAACUCAACGGACGUUAUACCAGCAAUGAGUUCAACCUGGAAGUCAGCGUCCUCCAUGAGGCCAGAGUCUCAGACAAGGAGCAUGUCAACCACCUCAUUGUGCAGCCUCCCUUCCUGCAAUCUGUCCACCACCCUGAGUCCCACAGUAGCAUCCAGCGCAGUUCAGUAGUCCCAAGCAUCGCCACAGUGGUCAUCAUCAUCUCCGUGUGCAUGCUGGUGUUUGUCGUGGCCAUGGGCGUGUACCGGGUCCGGAUCGCCCACCAGCACUUCACCCAGGAGACGGAGGCUGCCAAGGAGGCUGAGAUGGAUUGGGACGACUCUGCGCUCACUAUCACCGUCAACCCCAUGGAGAAACAUGAAGAACCAGGGCGUGGGGACGAGGACACGGAGGAGGAGGAGGAGGCAGUAGAGGAAGACGUGAGCUCCAGCAGCAGUGAGUCGGAGGACAGCGAAGAGGAGGAGGAGGAGGAAGGGAUGAGCAAGGGCAGGCACGGGCACAACGGAGCCAGGCACACCCAGCUGGAGUGGGACGACUCGGCCCUGCCCUACUAGCACCCUGCUGCCUGCGCCCACCCACAUGUCCCUUUUGUAAGCCCCACCCGAUGUAUGCCCAAGUCUAUCACAAGUCGCCUCUGAUUCCUGACAGGUCUGGGCAGGCCUUCCCCAGCGUCCUGGAAGCCACCCUUUAUGCCUUGGGCAUUCCCUGUGUCUCAGCCCUGGGGAGGGUCCAAGACUCCCAGGGUCAUCUUUAGUGGGGACUUCCGGGGGGACUUUCUCCUGUAGCCUCCCAUGUCUGCCCUAGGCUCACCCAGCAUCCUGUCAGCCAGUCGGCAGAGUUCUGCCUACGCUCUUCUCUGCAGGGGAGAAAGUCCGCCGUUAUGUCACUCACCUCCCCUGGACUCCCUGUGCCCAGGGCCCUUGGGCUCCAGCUUGUUGUGCGUGCACCUGCCUUGUCUCCACUUCCACACACAGCAGCAGGUUCUCCUUACCUGACGCCUCAGGUGGCUUCACGCGGGCAAGAUGGUCACACUUCGCACACAAGAGGUCUCCGUUCCUAAAGGAAAGGCCUUGGUGAGGCAGAAUUAAUGUAUAGGGAAAGGUUCACACACAUGCGCGCACAUGCACCCAUACGCUCUCCCCAGUUUGGAAAGCCUUUCCCUUUGUCUUUUCCGACGCCACAUAAGCUUAGGUGAAAAGUCCAAAACCAAGGAGAGGUCCUUGGCCACAGCAGGGCCUGGUCCCCAGUCAGAGUUCUCUGUCAGCCUGCCUUGGCUGCCCUGCUAGGGGCUGCCACCACAUGAUAUCACAGGAGCCAGGAAGCAUUCCACAGAGGCACUGCCCCAGGCGACAGCAUGACAAGCCUGCAGCCAGGGACCAGAAGGAAGGGCUGAUAGGACGAGCAGCUGGGCAUCACGGCGGGCACAGAUCUGGGGGGGGGGUCUUCCCAGCCAGAGGCCAGCCGGAGAUUGGCAAGCCUCUCAGCAUUUAGUCUUAGGGUCCCUCGUCACCUGUUUCACACUGUUUUGCGUCUUGAGAAAAUGCAUCCCUCUCAGAUAUAUUAGGACUAUCAUGAACUGCGCCAAACCUAAUAUGAAAGUUUGGAGCUUUGAAUGCUAGGAGUUAGGAGCCUAUCUGUGAUUGAGAGUAACAGCUGCUCCUUUAUUCUUCUCAUAAAAGGAGUAAUGCUUCGGGUGGAGGGCAAAUAUAUCUGAAAACCUAAUUUCUUUCUUCUUGUUUUAAUAAGAAAAUCUUUUCCACCUCCAUCCUAACAUGGACGUGAGGAGAACUGUUGCUAUAGUAACUUGUCUGUGCUCUUUUGUGACCAAGAGAAUAGCAGGCAAAAACAGGGCCAUUCUAGGACUUGCGCAAGGCUCUGAGACUGUCUUUGUUUUAAAGGUCUCUGGCUUUAAAGGUCUCAGUCUGUACAAUCUGUCCCUAUCCUCCCACCCAUCCCCCACCCUGGCCCAUUCCAUACUGGCAUAGUCACAGAGCUGGCCCCUAGUCACAGUGGCAUUCAGAUUCAAAAGAAAGUUGAGAAUCUGUUCAUUCUACUCACCAUGUCACCAAAACAGAGCUUAAGGGGGUCCAUCAUCCAUGUCCUCUAGUUUGACCUCCACCCAGCUUGGAUCCAUGACUGGCCCCUGCAACCUUCUGAUUCAAGCAGACUACCUGAUGCAGCUUUUUCCACCACCGAAAGUGGUUUUUGCGUAUCUGUUCCCUCCUUGAGCCUCACCAUAAUUCCGUCAGGGAGCUGGGACAUCUACUGUCAGGCAUAUUUCGAGUAAACCGAGCUUCAGAGUUUCAGCACCUUGCUCAGAGUCAGAGCUAGAGACAAGACCAGACUUCCCACCUUCCCCUUUUGGUCCAGUGCCCACCACCCCACUUCUACUUAUAUUCAUAUUUAUACAGCUCACUGGCAUUGCUGAGGACCUACUAUGUGCUAGGCACUCAACCAACAGCCCUACGAAAUGCCAAAGCUGGGUCAGAGGAGCGCCUCCCCUCCCAGGAUAUAAUAGUUGCAGAGGGGGAACCAACAGGCAUAGAAAUUAUACAAAACAGACAUAGAGCAGGGAGAGAAGUCGCAGGAGGAAGAGGCACACAAUCACAAACUCAGUCAGUACUCUUAUUUUUCACGUCUUAGGGAAAAAUGCAGGCAGGAGUUUGGGAUUUUAUAUUCAUUGAAUGGAAAUAGACACUUUGGUGAAUUCUCCCAACCGAAACGCCCUUUUCUAUUAGUCUGUGUCUGCACGUCUACAAGGAGAAAAUCUCUAACACUGCUUAGGUCCCCACCAUUCCCUCUGUUAAAUAAAAAGAUUCUCUGGUUAGGCAUUUAGGAGCUAACAGAAUUCUCCCAAAAUUAUGGCAGUAAAAACCAAAUUUAUGGUUUAAAACCAAUUUUUUGUUGUUAUUCCUAAGAAUUUUUUUAAUGUUUCAAGUUUUUAAAUUCUAGUAACUUAACGUAUAGUAUAAUAUUAGUUUCAGGAGAAUUCAGUGAUUCAUCACGUACGACACCCAGUACUCAUCACAACCAAUUCUUUUUCAACUGAAUUUCCGUGUAAAAUAUUGCAAGUCUGGUUUUCAUGAGAGCACCCUGCAGAGUCCUUUUGGUUUGGCUGCGGUGGGAAGGGGUUCCUCGUGCUCUCCGAUUGUCUCCAGUGGCUGCAUCGCUUACUCAUGGUGGAGUGGGCUGUCCGGAGCAUAAUCUGGGGAGGGUAUUGGGAGAUCAGAUAGAAGUGGCACUUGGCUAAGGAUGCAGAGUUCAAUCAUUUGUGACUAGACUGAUGUUGAAAAACAGUGGGAACAACAAGUCAGGACCCUCUCCAUCAGCUCACGUUGCUCAAAGUCAGACUGCGUGUCAGCUCCAAAGACGAGGCGAUUGAAAUAAUGCUGCUGGGUGGAUGGGCGUUUAUCAUGUUCCCAACACCCUACUCAACAAGAAGGAGUGGUUAUGUGAAAGCAGCAGAAGCUUCAGGGACUAUUCGGGUGAGUGGAGAGCAAUGUAACUUGCCGUCCACCAGGUAUUCUAAUGAGGAGUGAAAAAUGUCAUCAACCAGCCCAGCGUUUUCCAGGCUCCAUAUGCUGAUAUCCGGGAACCAGAACUCCCAGACGGCCCAGACGCCGGGCAGCCUCUCAUCCAGACGUCAGAAGCAGCAGGUGCAGGCUCAUACCCCAGAAGAACAGCUGACCAGUUUGGCCACAGGCCAGAUCAUUGCUGAUCUUGCCAAGAGGAUGACCAGAUUCUGCUCUCUGGAGCUGGAAAACAGAUCGGCUGAAACCUCUCAAGUGAUUCGGAUGACAGGGAGGAAGAGGAAGACGAGGUUGAAAUGGAAAAGGCCAGUACAGAAUGAGAGGCCCGAUGGAGUAAAGCAAUCAACUAGUUGGUCACCUGUCUUAAAGAAUACCAAAAGUAUAUUCUAGUAAGUUAAUCAAAUGCCUUAAAUCUGACCAAGGCCCAGAUUUAUGUAGGUAACAAAAAUGUGACUUGAGUGGGAUCUUAUUUCAUUACCACUUUCUUGCAUGUUCUCAAUCAUCCUAUCAAGCAGGGUUUAGACCACGCAUCUCUGCAGGUAGCAAGAGCUGUACCUUGUCGACACAGACCCUCCAGGGAGAGAGCUCCUGGCGGGAGGCAAUGUUCUCCAUGCCUGUACAUACAGCAGAUGUCAGCAAACUUUAUCUAUAAAGAGCCAGAGAGUAAAUAUUUGGGGCUUUGAAGGGCAUAUGGUUUCUGUUGCAAGUAUUCAGCUCUGCCACUGUAGCAUGAAACAAGCCACAGACAAUACAUAAAUGAAUGGAUAUGGCUAUGUUCCAAAAAAAUUAUUUAUGAAUACUAAAAAAGCAAUUUGAAUUCAUAUUUUCACAUAUCGUGAAAUUUUAUCACUCUUUUUUGAUUUUUUACUUUUUGACCAUUUAAAAAUUGAAAAACUCUUCUGAGCCCAUGGGCCAUACAAAACCCACCAGCCUGCCAGAUUUGGCCUGGGGGUCAUAGUCUGCACACCUUUACCAUAUGUUCAAGGAAAGUAGCCUUCCCAUUUACCAAGGGAAAGUAGAUUGCUAUCUUUGACCCUUCCUUCAACUACCCAGGGGCCUUUGCCACCAAAAUGAACAACAACUCUGUAGCCCUUAAUUAAGUGCUUUUAAAUGUCCACGUCCCAGUGAGAAAAUGACAACAAAAAACACCUGUUACUGGUCAAAUUGACUUGAACGCAGGCAUUCAUCAAGAACUCCAAGCCCUGGCUACGAGAACUGACUACUGAGCACUAACCCCCUUGAGCUCAGGGCCAUCUCCCAGGCACAGCGCCUUCCCAGCACAACUCAGCCCAUAAUGAUUUCUAAGCAGAAGUGUUCAUUAUCUCAGACGGAUUUCCAUUUCAGCCCUACUCAUGCCAUUGCUCUAAAAAUGAUCCUAAAGACUUUUGACUGUUUGAAUCAAUAGCAACAUAAUCAGUAGAGAGCCCUACCCAGCACAUUUCAAAAUUAGCAGUCUUCGUGGCUCUAUGAUUCAAUAUUAGCAAGCGGAAGAAAAGAGGACUUUUCCUUAACCAUCCGCUCAUUGAAAUUAACCAAAUCAGUUUUACAAAAAAAGUGAGGGAGUGAGUUUAAUCCUUUGAAAGAAUUUACAAGUGAAAAGUAGAUGAUUUUCAGGUAAGAUCAUUCUCAGGCCUUUGUGGGAUCCCCAAAGCCCCUGCAAAAUACUCUGGAGGGCCAUGGACGGCACAGGAUCCUCUGUCUGCAUCAGACUUUUAUCGAGGCUGACAAGCCGAAGCCCUUGGCACAAUUUAACUUUUAUGUAAUCACUUUCUGCUGCCCAGCUGUAGACAAAGGAAAUGAACAGUGAAAGUUUUGAAGUCUACUCCAGCACCUUCAUUUCUCUGCCUUUAUUUAUUCUAUUUUAUAAAUUUAUUCUGUACCUACUUCAUAGAUCUUGCUCUAGUUUUCUUUCUGGCACCAACUACAAAGGAGAGUUGGCUUUACAAGGGCUAGGGACUAGAAGUGAAAUUUGACUCUCUCCCAAGAUGACACAAAGAGACACAAGAAGGUACCCCAGAAAGCAAUCAAACAUUCCCUGGAUGCCAUUAGUGAACAUAUGGGAUUCUGUGUUUGCAGCUACAUUCAAUGUAAUUCAGCAACUCCUUGCUGAGUGCCCAUGAUGUGCCAGGCCCAGUGCCAGAAACGCGGGAAUGGGGGAUGAAUGAGGUAUGGCCCUGCCCAGGCAGGUCUCCCGGUCUCAUGAGCUGUUGGCAUGCUUCCUCUAUGGUGUUGAAGGCUGAGAGCAGUUAGUACUGGUGCGGAUAGAAGUUUGGAGUUGGGGGAGGUGGGUAACUUGCUUUGGUAGUUCUCCACCCUAAGUUAGAAGGCAGGUGUGAUUCUAGGAGUCCUCACACACAUUGCCAAGGCCAAUGGAGAUGUUUCUAAUUCUGCCCCAGCCCAACCCAGAUCACUUAUGGAUAAAAGCCAGUCACUCUGCUCACAAGGUGGAUAUCACAUGGCUGAUGGCUGAAACUAGGCCAAAGGAAGUUCUUCGGCAUGAACAGCAGGCAGUCAGACCUGGAAAGUAAGCCAGGUACAGGGGCUGGUGUGUGCCAAGUUCCAAAGGCAUGAAAAGCCUGAUGUGAAGGAGCCCCCCUGAGGCCUGAAGUCAGAGCUGACGAGGGAAGAAGGGCCUGACUUUGUAGGACCUGCUAAGCGGCCACAGGACACUGAAGAGCAGAGGUUCUCAAGGUAUAUCCCUGGACCAGAGCAUCACCUGGGGAUGAGUAAGAAAUGCAAAUUCUUGGGAUCCAGCCAAGAGCUACAGCAUCAGAAACCAGGGGUGGGGCCCAGCAGUGGAUGUUUGAAGGCUCUCUGACCCUGAUGCACUCUAAGGUUUGAAAACCACUGAUGCAGAGGACGACAGUGACUUUCACUAGCGCUGGGAGGAGAUGAUAAACAGGAUAAGAGAGUCAGUUACUAGCGUAGAAGACAGGGAGUCAAAGCAGAGCUCCCCAUGAGCCCUCCAGGGCCUCCAGACUCUAGUCCAUACUCCUGAAGCAGUGAUUUCAAGGAAACUUGGGCCGAGUCCCAACUCCACUCCUCCACCUCCUGCUGGCCUGGCCCUUUUCAUCCUAGAGAGAGACCCCAUCCGGGGGAGGCUGUAGUGAGGCCGCCCAUCCCCAGGGAGGCUGCCUUCCAGAUUCCCACUGAUGAGAAGCCUGCUGAAGGGCCCUAUUUGAGGGGAAAUGGUUAAACUCUAGCGGUGUCCCUACAUCACCAGGGCAGCUGGUCCCCACACAGCAUCUAUGCCGUGAGCCAGCAGGGCCUACAGAGAGCAGAGUGGGGUCAUUUAAGGACACUGCCAGCUUUACUGCAGUGCUGCUCCGUCUGUAAGACGACGGGGUCAUGCAGUGUCACAAUCCAAACACAAAACUGGAUGGAGGAUGAACGGCUUUUCUUGGAAGGGCAGUAGUUCAUUCUGGAUGUUACUAAAAGUAGAAAACAAAACCCAAAUCAAACCUGCAGCAUUCUCUCCAGGCAGAAUCUGUGUUGGCCUUUGAACCUCUAAGACCUGCAAAGGUACCCAUCUCCACCAAUUCCCUUUCCCCUACCUCCCAGAAGCCUGAGGUCUGCCAAGUAUUGACUUAGGGUUUUGAUUCAUGGCUUAAACUCUGCAAAGGUCUACAACCUUUCGGGAGAAGCCAGUUGGCACUCUAUCAGUCACUUCCACCUACCUGUGGCACAGAAUCUGUCCUGACGUCAAGGCUCCUGGGAGUCAGAAAACUGGGCCGCUGGGCCUUGGGGUGGAAGGACAGAGGAGGAGUGGGCUGGAAGGGGACCCAGACACAUGGCCUGGGAGAGCUCAUGCCAGCUGUUCAGUUCCUAAGAACCCAGUUCCCUCUUGACCAGAGGCACAUUCCUGGUCCUAUCAGCCCUGUCCUUGCUAAGUCCUCCCCCAAAUGCCCUAAAGGAUACCUCCAUUUCUCCAGCCCAGUUUAUGGAAAGGUCUUCUGAUUAAAUGGCCAACCAAUCCCCUGAGGGCACAGUGACCAUAUCAAGAACAACCAUCUAACACAUUAGAUUAUGCUAAAAAGAACCAACAGAGCUUGCCAGUUGUUUGUGAGACACGGGAGAGAGCAGACCCAAGAGGGGAAAGGAAAGUCUCUUCAUGUUCAUGUCACUUAGGUCCAGAAGAACUUUCUUUACAGCCUGGCCUCUCUUCGUGAAUUCUCUGAUGCAACAUCUCUCUCCCAAGACCUUAAGACAAUUUUGUUUCCCUGAAGUCACUUAUUACAAAGCCCCCAUGGGACAAAAGGACAAGGAAUGGGACGGCAAGACGUGGGUGGAGAGGCCUCAGGUAGUUCUGGGACCAGGAUCGGCUCUGUUCUCAUUGGCAAGCUUAGAUCUGUGUCCAGUCAGAAGGGUCUGGAGCUCCAAUCCAGCCAGGACACCAGGCAGAGAGAGUGAGUAUGAGGGACGUUUAUCGGGAAGACUGGACACAGAGGACACUCACAAGGUAAAUCACUGUGCAGGUUAUACCAGCCAUUUGCAUUUAUCCGAAACAGGGAGAACUGUGUCCCAACAUCAGCUAGUCCCUCCUAUUCUGGGCCAUAGAGCGAGCUGCUACUUCUGGACCGUGGAGGUGACACAUCUCCAGAGUCCCACUCCACGAGAACUGUCCAUUGAAUGAAAUGGAACCACAGUGCUCAGGUACCCGCUGGGGACCCUGACCAGGCCCCAGAAAACAUGGCUGUGUGAGGCUAUAUGGCCCCUCAGCUCCUGCCACCUUUGCUGUCACAGGCUCCCUCGUCAAGACAAGAGUCACUCACCUAUCCCACCACCGUGGGUGCCUAGCACAGCACCUAGCCGACAGCACGGGCUUGAUAAAUGGUGAAUUAAACAGGAUACCAGAGAUCACCUGACCUCAGCAAAUGGACAGGAUGUGAAAAAUUAAGAUGCUUCAAUAGAAAACGAUUCCACCGUCUUUUCUCUUACCAUGUAGGUUGGAUACUUCAUAAAAUCAGAGCGAGAAGGAGUAGAAGUCCAUAGAGGGGCAGAAAAGGAACAGGAAUGGGGUUGUUGGAUAGCGGCCCCUUCCCAUCUAUAACCAGUAAAAGGUGCCCCUAAGCACAGAGCAGUUGCAGGGGCCUUGAUAAGCCCACCUGCUCCAUCCUCUAGGUUCUGGGCAGCGUCCUGACUGAGGACAGGGGGUCCUCAUCUGUUAAUGACCCUAGUCCUGUGCUGCUCUGAGGCCGCUUUUACCAGAUUCACUGUCGAGAUCCGUCAAGGUGAAGCUCAACCGUCAACAGAUGAAGGAAAAGAGGACAACAGACAUGAGAAGAGCCAAAAUGCAGACAGCGUGUAUUAAUCCCAGGUGAAAGAAACGUGUCGGCUUUAACGUCUGUUCGUUUUUAUCUUGAAAUGAAAAUGCAUCUCUGCUGCUCAGACCCUUUCCUAAGCAUUUCAGAACAGAAAUGGGACAACACACACACACACACACACACACACACACACACA